AGUGAAUCCAAGGAGUUACACUGUAGCCACGCAGUGAUUUCGCUGUUCUUCCCAUGGACCUAUAAAGAAAGGUUCUUCCGUAUACUUCUGAUUGUUUUUUUUCCUUUUAAUCAUUCAUGUACUUCAAUGGAAAACUCUGACGUCGUUGCCCGCUUGGAUGUUUCUCUGUUCCUCUGCUACCGGUCUCAGCCUGAUAGCCGAUAGCAGCAGCGGUACGACAGGGACCUGCUGACCGCUGUACUGGGACACUGGGAUCUGUCUGCACUGCUUCAUAGGUUACCUUCCCUUCUUCAACCGGUUAAACCGAGAGGGGAGUAUCUUGGACGUCUCUGUAGGUCCGGCCAACCCGGGAUGUGCGAUGGCAUCGGUGAAGGUGGCUGUGCGGGUCCGGCCCAUAAACAGACGGGAGAAGGACCUUGCAGCAAAGGGCAUCAUAAAGAUGGGCGGGAGCAAAACCACCAUCACCAAUCUGAAGAUGGCGGAUGGUUUGACGGGAGAUUCGAUGCGGGAGCGAACCAAGACGUUCACGUACGACUACUCGUACGACUCUUCGGACUGUAAACACACCAACUUCAUCUCUCAGGAAAAGGUGUUUAAGGACCUGGGCUCAGACGUGCUGAAGGCUGCCUUCGAGGGCUACAACGCAUGCAUCUUCGCAUACGGACAGACUGGCUCCGGAAAAUCCUACACCAUGAUGGGAAUCCCAGGAGACGUGGGCCUCAUCCCCCGGAUCUGUGAGGGUCUGUUCAGCCGCAUCGCGGGGACCACCCGCCGGGACGCGGCCUCGUUCAGGACCGAGGUCAGCUACCUGGAGAUCUAUAACGAGUGUGUGAGGGACCUGCUGAGAAGGAAGACCAACGACACCUUUAACCUCAGAGUCCGGGAGCACCCCAAAGAUGGACCGUAUGUAGAGGAUCUGUCCAAGCACCUGGUUCAGAACUACCGGGACGUGGAGGAGCUGAUGGAGGCGGGGAACAUCAAGCGCACCACGGCGAGCACCGGGAUGAACGAAACGAGCAGCCGCUCCCACGCCAUAUUCACCAUCAACUUCACUCAGGCCCGGUUUGCUGCGGAGCUGCCCAGUGAGACCGUGAGUCAGAUCCACCUGGUGGACCUGGCGGGCAGCGAGCGGGCCGACGCCACCGGAGCCACCGGCGUGCGUCUCAAGGAGGGCGGGAACAUCAACAAGUCCCUGGUUACCCUCGGCAACGUCAUCUCAGCGCUGGCGGACCAGAGUCAGGACACGGUGAACACUAACCUGAAGAAGAGGUCUCUGUUCGUCCCGUACCGAGACUCUGUCCUCACCUGGCUCCUCAAGGACAGCCUGGGAGGGAACUCCAAGACCAUCAUGAUCGCCAAUGUUUCCCCAGCCGAUGUGAACUACGGAGAGACCCUUAGCACGCUGCGCUACGCUAACCGAGCUAAGAACAUCAUCAACAAGCCCACGGUGAACGAGGACGUGAACGUCCGCCUCAUUCGGGAGCUCCGAGCGGAGAUCGCCAGACUCCGAGCUCUGCUGCUGCAGGGCAACCAGAUUGCUCUUCUGGACUCACCUACAGCUUUGAGUAUGGAGGAGAAACUACAGCAGAACGAAGCCCGGGUUCUUGAGCUGACCAAAGAAUGGACCAACAAGUGGAACGAAACCCAGAACAUCCUCAAGGAGGAGACCCUGGCGUUGAGGAAGGAGGGCAUCGGGGUGGUGCUGGACUCUGAACUCCCUCACCUCAUCGGCAUCGACGACGACCUCCUGAGUACUGGGAUCAUCCUGUACCACCUCAAGGAGGGCCGGACGUUUGUCGGACGGGACGAUGCGUCGAGCGAACAGGACAUCAUCCUCCACGGUCUGGACCUGGAGAGUGAACACUGUGUGUUUGAGAACCAGAGCGGCCAGGUGACCCUGGUUCCACUGGGCUGCUCCCAGUGCUCCGUCAACGGGCUGCCAGCAUCCCAGCCCGCCCCCCUCAACCAGGGGGCUGUGAUCCUAUUGGGCCGGACCAACAUGUUCCGCUUCAACAACCCUAAGGAGGCCGCCAAACUACGAGAGAAACGCAAGAGUGGUGUCCUCUCCACCUUCAGCCUGUCCAUGUCGGAUCUGUCCCAGUCCUGCGAGAGCCUCUCCACCGUCAUGCUCUACAACCCAGGACUCUUCAACCAGAAGGGCCCAGUCCUCCUCAGGUUGGAGUUUGAACGACAGCAGAGAGAAGAGCUGGAGAAACUGGAAUCCAAGAGGCGGCUGAUCUCGGAGAUGGAGGUGCGGCAGCAGACGGAGAAGGAGGAGCUGCAGCGCCUCCAGCAGGAGGUGGAGAGUCAGAGGAAGGAGUCGGAGGAGGUGCAGCAGAGGAUCCUGCAGCAGGAGGAGCGGCUGCAGCUCCGCAGCCUGGCCGUGGAGAACCACCUGCGCCUCCUCCUGGCCCAGAGGGAGCGCUCCUCGGACGGGCAGGAGGCCCGGGCGGAGGAGGAGGCGGCGGAGCGGGCGGAGGUCCACCGGGAGCUGGCGCUCCUCCAGGCGCAGCGGGAGGAGCAGGCGGCGGGGCUGCGGGGGGAGCUGCGGCGGCUGGAGGAGCGGGAGGAGGGGCAGCGGCUGCUGGUGGGCCGGCUGGGGGAGGAGCUGAGGGACAAGAGGGAGGCGGCCGCCCUGGCCCUGCCCCCCCGCGGCGCCCGCCGGCAGGAGGAGGAGCACCGCGCCCUCACCCAGAUACGGGAGGCUCUGCUCCGCGCCAAGGAGGCCGGGGGCCAGGGGGGGGAGGGGGGGGAGGAGGAGGGGGAGGGGCCAGAGGGGAACGACAGGGACGUACGGGAGGUCCAGGCGCGCUACCGCCGCUUCAAGGAGGCGCAAGUCAAGGAGCUGACGGAGCUGGAGGAGGAGCUGAGGAAACAGAAGGAGCGGCCGGAGGAGGAGGAGGAGCAGACGGCGUCCCGUGGCCAGCGGGAGCCGGAGGACGACGAGGGGCGCCGGCGGCGCAAGGACAGCCAGCUGGCCGGCCUGGCCCGCGAGCGCCUGCGCCUCCUCGGGGAGGAGAGACGCCGCGCCGUGGAGCUCCUGCAGGGCUCCUCCCCCUUGACCAACGGCAACGCGGGCGCCGUGACCGAGGGCAACCCGGGGGCCGCCGGGCUGGAGGGCACGCUGCACGCCGUGGAGGAGGAGCUGAGGGAGAAGGAGGAGCGGACGCGGCGCCUCCGCCGGAGCGAGGAGGAGCUGCGGCAGCUGCAGGAGACGUACGAGUUUGCGGCGGACGUGGCGCAGCAGGAGGGGAAGGUGACGAGGAAGGAGAAGGAGAUCCUGCAGAGCAAGGAGGCGCAGCAGAAGGAGGCCAUGGAGCAGGCCGUGUCCCGGCUGGAGAGGCGGCGCUGGGCCCUUCAGCACAGCCCCUCCCAGGACCCCCUGGAGGAGGAGGAGGAGGGGGAGGUGCAGCGGAGGAGGAAGAGCGGCGCCCCCGGAGGAGCGGAGGAGCAGGAGAAGGUGGAGCGGGACCUCGAGGAGCUGAGGCAGAGGGUCAGCGAGGGGGAGGACCACACCAGGACCCCCAGUCCCCCCACCCCAGACCCGCCGCAGGGGCUGCCCUUUAGUGACGACAGGAUAAAGGCCUACAUUGAGCAGGAGGUGCAGCGGAGGUUGAGGAGCCUGAACCCCAACACGGAGAGCAGCAUGGAGCCGUCUCCAUCCUACGAGUCCAUGCAGGGAGGACCCCCCCUACCUGAUCCUCAUGACCUGAACCUCCUUCAGGACGUUGAUCUGCAGCAGAACCAACCAACCGACGGGAAGCUAAAGUACAAGAACCCUGCAGAGUGCGGGGCUGGUUCACUGGAGGAACGUUCGGAACCCACUCCCAGGAACAGCUCCUCUGGAGACCACCACGACAAGACCUCCCUCUCAGAUCUCACUCGGUACUCAAUACAACACCUAACGCAAUGGUGGAGCAAACUGGUGGAGCUGGACCCUGGUCCCGGCUGGCUGGGGAAGGGGUUGGCUGGGGGCGAACCCGGAGGCAUGACCUGGCUCAGCGCUUUGUCUGGAAUCGGGGCCGACGUAAACGACAACGUCAGCGGUGAAGUUCAGUGCGAGGUCCGGGGCUGUGUUUCCAACGGAUCUAAGCGAGACGUUUUGCCACCGGAGCUUAGAGAGGAGCACCACCGACGUCCCCGUCAGGUCCAAACACCCCGCCCGGAUCCACCGCCCCGGUCCGAAGGAGCCCAGUCCGUCGAGCCCGGGCCCAGGUCCAAGGAGUCUGUGUGCGGUCAGGUGACUCAGGAGCACGCCCCUCCGGGGGGCGGAGCCGAGUCUGGCGGCGGGAGCGUUGUGAUUGGCUACGUGGCCGGCAGGCUGACGGAGGCGUACCACCACGUGGGCCGGCACAUGCUGACCACCAGGAACCUCGUGGAGAGGGCCACCGGGGCCCACCUCGCAGGCCUGGUGUCCCAGUACCUCACCGCCCCGUCCCCGGAGCCUCCUCUCACCGAGACAUGGCGGCCCGGCCCCCAGCCGGACCCCGGCCCCCAGCCGGACCCCGGCCCUAGGGGGGGGCGGGUCGGUCUGGUGGAUCUGUCUGCAGGGGGCCUCCUCAGCCCGGGCUCCACGGCGCCGGGCUCCGUGUCCCCCAGCAGCACCCAGGGGCGGCCUGAGACGUUCUUCCAGAGGCUGGUCGUGCUCCCGCCGGCCCUGGCCCGUCUGCAGGCGGGCCCCGCCCAGAGUAGCAGGGCCCUCCUGGACUCACUGGCCCCGGAGGCACGAGGGGCCGCUCUGCUGGGCUCCUUCUGGCUCCACGCCGCCAACCGCACGCACCCCGCCCCGCGGCCCGCGGGCCUGCUGCUGCUCGAGGAGGACCUGUACGUGGUCUCCGCGCCGCGGGGUCCGGACCCCGACGCGGAGCAGGAGCGCCCGGGCGUGUUCCACCGCCUCCGCCUGGAGGACAUCGGGGAGAUCCGGGUGUGCCUGGCCGGGCAGUGUGUGCUGCUGCUGGGCCGCGGGGGGGAGGACGCGGCGCUGGCCGUGUGCACCUACAGCCAGGAGCUGAGCCAGGAGCUCUGCAGGGCCCUGCUGCCGCGGCUCCUCCUCGCCGGGCCAGAAAUGGAGGAGGCCCUGGGGCACCCGCUGCUCCGCCGCGACCUCGGGGCCCUCUCCCUGGACUGGACGGCCCGCGUCCCCGACCUGGUCCUGGGCGGCGGCCGGCUCCGGCUCACCUCGCGCUUCAAACGGGAGCUGGCCGACCUGCUGUACGUCGUCCACGGCAACAUGGAGGGUCCGGGCCGGCCCCCGCUGGCCCACGUGGCCCCCCUGCUGUACACCAGCGUCCGGGCGGAGGGGGGCGGCGGCGUGGUACAGCUGCUGCUGACGGACACCCACCUGGCCCUGCUGCGGCAGGACGGGGUCUUCCACCACCCGGCGCCGGGGGGCUCCGGCGUGGCGCCCCCGCAGCCCCAGUUCCGGGCGGUGGCGGUGCGGCCGCGGGCCCGGGUGCAGGGCGUGCGGGUGGGGCAGGCCGACGGCUGCCUGGAGGUGGAGGUGGUGUUCGGUGCUGCAGGAGAAGACCCCCCCGGCCCUCUAGGUCCCGGACCCCCGGAGUCCUGGAAGCUGAGGUUUGGACGCACGGCGGACGCCCGGGUGCUGGUGGAGCAGCUGUGCUCCUGACAG